AUAAUCCGAUAACCGAAAAAGAAGACUAUCGUCUCACGGUGAUCGGUUUGAUUAAUCAACUGCAGCGUUUGGAUAAGGAUCGCGUAAGCGAGUCGGAGCGGGCUGAAGGUGUGAGCCUGGUUUCACGGAAGGUAAGGAUUGAUUCUUUUGAGAGUGAAUUUAUUUUUUACAUUUAUGAAUAUGUUUUUAAAUCAGUUUCAGACUUCUGA